AUGCACUAUUUGAAAAUGGAAGAGCAGUACGUGAGAGCUUUUAAUGCCGAGCGUCUGAAUUUUUUGAUAGGACAACAAGAUGGAGAAGGUCGAAUUUUGGAACAAAUUGAUGAAAGAAGGCCAACUAAUUUCGCGAUCAAAACACACAAAAAUCAAAUACGACAGAAAUUACGUAUAGUGCUUCCACAUAUUGGCCUUGUACUUCUCUCGGCAGCCUAUACAAUUCUCGGUGCCGCUAUCUUUCAUCAUUUUGAAAUGCCAUACGAAGUACAUAUUCGUAAUGAGACCGCCCAUCGAAUUGAAGUCUUAAAACAAAAAAUUAUCGAUAAUUUAUGGAUGCUAAUACAUAUGCGAAACAAUACUGGAGAGGUGACAUUUGAAACUUGGUCAAAUACCGCACAUCUUGGUAUUAAUGAUGUGAUCCGUGAUGUAUUUAUUGAUUAUACGAAGAAUUACAUGACACCCGAUGAUAUAAUCAAAGGUGCUGGACCAGUGAAAUGGUCAUUCGGUUCAAGCGUGUUUUUUUCAUGGACUGCUAUUACAACCAUUGGUUAUGGACAUAUAGUGCCGCGAACAAAUGAAGGUCGCAUAGCAUGUCUUAUGUACGCAUUGUUAGGUAUUCCAUUGAUACUUGUCACUAUUGCUGAUAUGGGACGAUUCUUGUCAGCUGGUAUAAUUCGUAUUCAUUGCAUGAUAAAGUUGCUACGUUUGGAAUUGUUUCGAAAAUCCGCACAAUUUUGCAUAUAUUGUUGCAAGUGUAUUCCAUUUGUUAGAAAGAAAAAGAAGCAGCCAAAAACAAUUUCUGUCAAUGAUUUUACAAAUAUUAAAAGAUUAAGACGACGACGACAGAAUCAUAUAGAUACUAUUUCUGAAGCAGGCACAUUUGAGGAUAUAUCAGAAAUUCAUACACAAGAAAGUGAAAAAACACUUUCGCAAGAUAUACAAGCAAGAGCGGAUGAAUUGGAGGAAAGUGUAUCACACCACGACAGGCGCAUUUCUGUGCUAUUUGUACUCGUCAUUAUGAUUGCUUAUACCGCUGGUGGUGCAUGCCUUAUGCAACUUUGGGAAAAUUGGACAUUUAUGGAAUCGUUUUAUUUCUGUUUCGUUACCGUAACAACUAUUGGUUUUGGAGAUAUCGUACCUCAAAAUGUGGACUUUUUGCCAGCAACGCUCAUGUAUAUCAUUAUUGGCCUUAUUAUUACAACAAUGUGUAUUGAUUUGGUGGGAAGUGAGUACAUUCGUGAUAUUCAUACCUAUGGUCGAAGUUUGGGGCGCAGUUUUAUGAUGAUUGGCGACAAAGUUGUACAUCUUGGAGAAGUGCUUAAUUAUGCAGCAUUUCUCCAAAAGAAAUACGGCUUUACUGCGGAACAGAUCAAUAAGUUAGCCCAAUUGCCAGAAGAAUAUUUACUGCAGUGUUUAAUUGAUGGAAAGCAACCUGAUUUAAAUUGGCUUGGUGAUCGUCCGUAUAUACCAACUGAUAUUUAUUAUUUCAAAUGGAUUGAGCAUCCACGUACGCUCUCUUUUGUAUCGGAACGUGUCUUAGCAAGUAUGGAAUCAUUAGAUUUAAAUACAAGUAAAUGUAGUACAGCAAGGACAUUAACGCCACGUGAAUAUUAUCAAAGGAUUUUGUUACAAUAUUGCAAACAAAUGCAACCCAAUGAUAAACAACAAUAG